AUGGACCAGGGAGCGCAACCCCUCCGCGACAUCGCGGCCCCGGGCGUCAAGGCCCAAGGUGACCUCCUUCGAGAGCUGCGUACUGAGGUCGCCAAUCUGCUCGGGCGCAACUCGUAUAACUUUCCGGGAGCCCAGCCCGUCUCAUUCGCGCGGAGGCAUCUGGAGGAAUUGCGGAGAGAGGACUACUACGUCUGCGAAAAAUCCGAUGGCAUCCGCUACCUCCUCUACCUGACGUCGGACGAGAACGGCCAACGAGUGCACUACCUAGUAGACCGCAAAAACGACUACUGGUGGCUGUCACAGCGCACUUCCACUUCCCGCUGGCGGCAAGACCGUGCAGCAUUCCACACGGGCACACUGAUUGACGGCGAGCUGGUGAUGGACACAUUUCCCAACGGCGAGAAGGCGCCCGUCUUCCUCGUCUUCGACCUGCUCGCGCUCGACGGCAAGGCCGAAGUGCUCUCCAGGCCCCUCGACAAACGGCUAGGCUACUUCAAGGAGCACGUCAUGAAGCCGUACAAGAGCCUGUUCUCGGCCUUCCCCGAAGAGCUGCGCUACCAGGCGUUCAAGGUCGAGAUGAAGGAGAUGCAGUUCUCGUACGGCAUCGAGAUGAUGUUCCGCGAGGUGCUCCCUACUCUGAAGCACCAGAACGACGGCCUCAUCUUCACCUGCCGCACCAGCCCCUACCAGUUCGGCACCGACCAACACAUCCUCAAGUGGAAAGCACCACACGAGAACACGAUCGACUUCCGGCUAAAACUCAACUUCCCCGUCGUGGAGCCCAACGAACUAGAACGCGCCGACGGCAUCACCGAGCCCUUCGUAGACUACGACAGCGUCCCCGACGCACGCUUACUCAUCUUCACGGGCAACGACCGCGGCAAGCCGAGCUACGAAGAACUCAAGGAGCCGCUGUACCUGACCGAGGCCGAGUGGGAAACGCUCAAGGAGUGGAACGACCCGCUGCAGGACAGCAUCAUCGAGUGCUGCCUGGACGAGGAGAAGCGCUGGCGUCUGUACCGGUUUCGCGACGACAAGACCGAGGCUAAUCACGUUAGUACCGUGAAUAGCGUCAUGGGCAGCAUCAAGGACGCCGUCAGCGAGGCUGACCUCCUACACGCCGCCAAGGGCAUCAAGGAUAGUUGGAAGCUGAGGCAGCAGCAACAUGGGGGGCAUUAG